UAUCAGUCAUCAUGGUGAGUUGGAUUCAACGGAACGCCGCCUUGUUGGGUGCGUUCGCGGUAGCUAUUGUUUCUGGAGACGCCAACUCGAGCUCUUCCCACCAGAUCACGUCUCUUCCCAACUACAACGACGCCAAGCCCAUCAACUUUGACCAGUAUGCCGGCCACAUUCCGCUGCCCAGCAACGGCCAAAAGAUGUUUUACUGGCUCGUGGAGUCCGAGUCCAAUCCAUCCACGGACCCGCUGGUGCUGUGGCUCAAUGGAGGCCCUGGCUGCUCGUCUCUGACUGGCUUCUUCACCGAAUUGGGUCCAUUUGUCGUCCAGAGUGACUUGAGCGUCAAGCGCAAUCCGUACGCGUGGAACCGCAAGGCCAAUAUGGUGUUCUUGGAGUCUCCAGCGGGUGUCGGCUUUAGCCAGAGUGUAAACGACACAGUGUACAACGACGACUUUACAGCCGACCGAGCGUACGAGUUUCUCGAGCAAUUUCUGGCGCUGUACCCUCGAUACAAGACCCGCGAGUUUUACAUCACGGGCGAGAGCUACUCCGGCGUGUACAUUCCGUACUUGACGUACAAACUCGUCCAGCAUCCGAUUGCGGCGCUCAACCUGGUCGGAUACGCUAUUGGCAAUCCGUUUACAGACUCCAAAGUGGAUGGCGGCGCAAAAGUCGACUUUUUCUACUCCCAUGGACUCAUCUCAAUCGAAAGCUACCGCGCGGUAAACUCGGCGUGUCCUCCGGAUGUCCUCUGGCAGUGCACCCGCAGCGGCCCCAACUGCACUGCAUCCUGCCGCCAAGCCGUCGACGAAACAGUUGCCACUGCCGACUUGGAGUCCCUUAACCCGUACUACAUCUACGGAGAUGUGUGUUUACUAAAGAAUGGCCAAGCUGGCGCCCUGCAAGACUAUAAUAUUCGCCCUAAUACCCAUCGAGGCGUGUAUGGCCCUUGCCAAGACCAGUACGCGGCGACAUACCUACAACUGAACUCUGUGCAACAAGCUAUUCACGUCCAAGGUGGGCACGUCGACUGGACCGAGUGCACCGACCUCAACUACCAUCGCGCCCCGUCGGCGCUCCAGAAGUACCCCGUUAUCCUCAACGCCGGCUUGAAAGGGCUCAUUUACAGCGGGGAUGCUGACUCGGUGGUCAACUUUAUCGGCACCCAGCGGUGGAUUACGUCGGAGGGUCUGAAGCUUCCAGUGCAAGACAAGUGGAAAGCCUGGUUUGGCCCGGACAAACAACUGGCGGGGUACACUGAACGGUACACUAACUUGACGUUUACGACCAUCAAGGGCGCCGGCCACAUGGUGCCAGCCACAAGACCGCUGCAUGCAUUGUACUUGUUUGAGUGUUUUGUGUACGGUCAAGUGGCGUGCGACUCGUUUGCGUACCCCAAGGACGCCCUCGAGUAUUUGAGUGGCGCCGACUUGACGGCGCCGGUGACUAGUAGUACUAGCCAGGCGAAUUUGGUGUACUUGUGGUGGGCCCUGGGUGGGGUGGCGGUGGUGGUCGUGGGUGUGCUUGGCUGGCGAUAUGUCGCCACCCAGAAAACCAAGAAGGAAAACGUCAAGUAUACUGAAUUGACGUCUGAAGUCAAGCCCGUGUACUCCACCUAAGAAGGAUGUAGCAUCGUGUAUGUAUAUAUUUUUAAAAAAUAUACAAGAACCCGA